AUUUUUCUAAUUUUAUAUAUUUUAAAAUAAGUAUAUUGGUUAUUUACCAAAUGGACGAGGAGUGGGACCUCUUACUGCUCUUGCUUGUAUCUGGGAAGUGGUGGAUCGUGGGUUCAGCCUCACGGGUGGGCGCUCAGUCUCGCGGCGGCGAGCAGGGCAUCUCUCGGCCCCUUCCUCUCUCUCUCUCUCUCUCUCUCUCUCCUUCCCCCCUCCCAAAACCAGCAUCACCCAAGACCCAUUCGUUUCGCAAAGAUCAGAAAUGGAGUGGAGAUGCGAUAACUGCAGGAGGAAGAAGCGGCACUUCUUCAAAGUCUUAUUCGGCGACUUCUCUGACGAACUGCGGCUCCCGCCUGCUUUUACAAAGCAUAUCGAAGUCAAAGAAGAAUCUGCGAAUGCUUCAUUGAGAGUCUGUGGAGGUAGGUCCUGGCAAGUUGAGCUGAGGAAGGUGGAUAAUCGCCUUGUAUUCCGAAAGGGGUGGAGCAACUUUGUGGUCGCUAAUGGCUUAAGGACAGGGGACUUUUUGGUUUUCAAACAUGACAGAGUUUUGCAUUUCAUUGUGCGGAUUUUUGAUGCAAGUGCAUGUGAGAAAAGGCGGUUGCCUGCUGGUGACACUUGCAGAAAUGCUGAAAGGAGUAAUGUGUCUACGUCAGAAGGAUCUCUUGACUGUAGCUCCUUUAAACACAGCAGAGGAAGAGUAACAGGGCCUCAGAAAGAUGCAUGGAAUGCAGCAUGCUCUUUUAAGACUAAGAAUCCAUGUUUCAGAAAGUAUUUUACAGACAAAACGAUGUGUUGUAGAGCCUACUAUUUGAACGUCCCUUCGGCCUUUGUAAGACAACAUCUGGCAUUUGAAUCUUGUAUGUUGACGCUUGCUGAUCCAGAAGGUCGGCGUUACCCUGUUAGAUACCUCAACACAUCAGAAUCUGGUGGCAUUGGUGGGUUCAGCUCAGGAUGGAGGAAAUUUGCGGAUGAAAAUCACUUGAGGGAGGGAGAUGCAUGCGUGUUUGAGUUCAUCAAGGUGCCUAAAGGAUUCAACGUGCAUAUUUUUCGUGGUGAUAAGGAUGACGCUGAAGGCGAGAGAUGAAUAUCCAGAAGCAAUUCUGAUUGUCGAAAGUUUGGUUAGAUAGAUGGAAACACAACGUGAUUGCUUAUAGUUAAGUAGCUUGUUCACAUGUACCUCCUUUAAGAUUUGCCUGAAUCUCCUUCAUCUGCAAAAGGUGCUGUCACUCUGAUCAGUUCAAUCCAACUGGAUCAUUUCAGAGCUGACGCAACUCAAUGUCAACUGUCGAGGUUGAUUGCAUGAAUUGAGCCGGGAGAGAGAACACACACACACACACACAGAGAGAGAGAGAGAGAGGGAGAUUGUUUACAGUAAGAGAAAAAUAAUAAGCUUGGGAAUGAGGAAAAAUCUAAAAAGGACUAAGAAAAGACAGAAAUGGGAGUGCCGAUGGUUAUUAACGUA